UAUUUUCAAGCUGAGCAAACCUGUUGAGCGUCAGUGAAAAAGGGUGUUGGCGUCUGUCUGACUCAAGAGUACAUUCGUCUAUUGUGUGUCGCUCCAUGCCCGACAUUUCCUAUUUUCCCCCCUACACACAUCUCCAUUUGGGUUUAACGCGUGUCGGAGCAUGGCUCCUGCAACUAUGGUGAUGCGUAACCAUGCCAACACAGUACAGCAUGGCUCAGUUAUGUUCUGCUCACUAGUGUGACAUGGGUGAAAGAGAGUUUGAAGAUGGCAAAUAUCUCUGCUUUGAUUUUAUUGACAUCAGUUACGUCCCUUGUGUUCGCAGAGGAGCAGAAAGAAAUGGAGGAGGAGGAUCCAUUUACCUUUGAUUAUCACAGGCUACGUGUUGGGGGGUUGAUCCUGGCAGCAGUUCUGUGUCUGAUUGGCAUCACCAUCCUCUUCAGCGGACACUGCAGAUGCAAGUUCAACCAGGACAAAAGGAGGAGGUCAGGAAGCAACGCCGCCCAGCCACUCAACGACCAAGCUCGGGCCAGUGAGUGCUAGGAACCAAACUCCCACCUGGCAGCAGGUCAAAUCGACUUCCUGGUUCUGCAUCAAUCAAGAGAUGGAAAUUGAUGGGUGGAGUUGGCUUGUUUUUUGUCCAAUGGAGGUUGUUUUUUAGAGAGUGGUGCUGUCUUCCCAAGAGGGAGGUGGUACUGUGCCAUUGGAGAUCAGAGGUGUGCUGCUUUUACCUGUGUUGCUGUUCUCCCUUCCACCCAUUAUUCCUGUUUCUGCUCCGCCCAAUAUUCACACUGUAACUCACCACCAGCAAGCACACACAGACAGACAAAGCAGGACACGAUUUUUCCCCAUGUUCUUUGUAUUUAAACAGAUAACCAAAAGAUGCUGUGUCGACUCACUCAUUAUUUCAUUGCAAUGUUUUUCACCUCUAGUAGCUCCACCUGCAUGUGGAAAAUAUGCAGUAGAUUUGAGUAUUUGUGUGUGUUUUGAUUUGCCAUACUGUCUCCUAAUAAUCUUACAUGCACAUACAUUACUGUAAAAUAGGUACCGGUAGCCAUAAACUAUUAUGUCAAUAACUAUUCACAUACCUUUAUCUUGAUUAUUCCUAUAUUAACUUUUUAGUUGAAUGUAGAAAAGUGCACUGGUCUAUGUAGUAGCAUCUGUUGUCUGAUAAAUGCAAUGUUUUUUUAAUAGUACAGAAUAUUAAAAUUAUUUCAAUAAGCUGAUGAUAUAGUUUUGAUUGAGAGUGUUUGCCACCAAAACAACAUGAAUGUUAUUUUAGUUUGUUAGAUACCACACAAACAAUUACUGUCACUGAAGAGGUUUUUCUCCCCAAUUGGCUUUUAGUGAGUCACGGUCUACAUUGAGAUAGAUGUUUCUUGGCAAAUGAGUAGAUGGUGUCUAUGUUUGUAAUUCAAAUUAAAAGAGUUACCUUUUA